ACUGACUGUAAACUACACUUCAAUGAACCCAGCUUAAAAGAGGCACAUUCCACACUCAGACCAAGUACGGGGCAAUGGAGAAGUGCUCAGCACUAAGGGGAGAUUUGACAUCAGUAACACGGAUGGCUCUCAAAAAGGGGCCAGAUGAACAAGGGUACAGACAGUCUGAUUCCAAGCACAUAAAGCUGUGAAAAAUGCAAACUGAGCUACACAUUCAGAAGGCAGAUCAGAGGCUGCUCGCGAAGAUGACCAAGGGGCACUGAGAAGCUUCUGGCAGUGGUGGGUAUAUUGACUACAUUGAUUUUAGCGGUGGUUCCCUGAAGGGUACAUAUGUCAAAAUUCCUCAAAUUGUGCACUUUAAAUAUCUGUAGUUCAUAGUAUGUGAAUCAUGCCUGAUUAAAGCAGCUUAAAAAUACUUAAAGAGCACACUGAGGUUUCAGUUGUAGUUACCCUCAGGCUCCAUAUGGCCUGCUCUACCCUCUUUCCCCCGGAGUCAGUUUGGUGACCAUGAUUCCCUGCUGUCUCCCACCUCUGACAGGCCUGGAAUGGCCUCUGAGAUACAGCAAGGCCUGGGUGCUUUGGCUUCCCGGGAAUUAGGAACUGCCUUAGGGCUGUUUUCUUUCCCAGGGGCCCCACCAGUGGCCUACAGAUAUCCAGGACUUCUAGGCAUGUGAAAAGGGACUUCCCCAGGGGAAACGAGAUCCCAUGUGGAACUUAGAAGGAGGGCUGGAGGCUCUGGCCCUGGGACGCCUUCCCCGUCUCUUUGCAGCCAGGGGCCCAGUACGGGUCAGUGGCUGAAGUUCUCUGUGGAAAUAGGCCAGAUGGCAGCCGGAUCCGCAAACAUGAAUCCCGUGGUCAUGGUCCAUGGGGGCGUCAGCAGUAUCUCCAAGGACCGGAAAGAGUGGGUGCACCAGGGUGUUGUCAGAGCUGCCACUGCUGGCUACAAUGUCCUCAAGGAGGGAAAGAGCGCGGUUGACGCCGUAGAAGGAGCCAUGACUGUCCUGGAGGAUGAUUCCGAGUUGAACACAGGUUAUGGGUCAGUCUUGAACGUAAAUGGUGAAGUUGAAAUGGAUGCUAGUAUCCAUUCCAUGAAUGGAAAAGACCUGUCUGUAGGAGCUGUGUCUGCAGUCUGCUGUACAGCAAAUCCCAUUAAACUUGCACAGCUUGUUCUGAAACAGGCAUCUCAUUGCAUUCUGACUGACGAAGGGGCAGCAAAAUUUGCAGCAGCCAUGGGGGUUCCAACGGUUCCUGGACAGCAGCUGGUCACAGAGAGAAACAUAAAGCACCUAGAAAAAGGGAAGCAUGAGAAAGGUGCUCAGAAACCAGGCUGUCAGAAGGAUAUGCUUGUCCACAUCACUUGCUCUAUCUUGGAAGCAAAGGCCACCUGAAUCUAAAGGUUUGUGGAUCGUGCGAUUGCUGACAUCAGAAACAGACACUGCUUUGGAAUAUGGGGAAGAAAUAAACAGCAGAAGGACUUAGAUUAUUGAAAAUGAGUGUAAGUCAAGAAAAUGAAUACUGAAGUGCCACGCACAGAAGUAAAAAAGCUGACAGGAAAAAAAGUUAAAAAUCUUAAAGAAGUGAUCUGUUUGCAUUUUAAAAAAUGAACCAGUAGAAGUCAUUAGUCUUCUUCCAGCUCACCUCCCUACAUUUCACCAACGGGACAUCACAGUCUUUGUUCGGUAAAUUUAGUUACUACUUAUCAAAACAAUGAAAAUGAAAAAGAAUAUUAUUCUCACCAAAUCCACAACUGGAACAGUGUUAAAAUUCCUGCAGCUUCAUGUUCCUUACUAAAGGAAGAUUUAAUUGCCAAUCAUGAAGAUUCACACACCAAAUGAAACAUACAGUUACUAGAAUUGGGAGGGAGAGGUCAAACAAACAACAGACAGCUGAUUAAUACCAUAAAAAGAUGGUAUGGCACAUCCGUGUAAUGAGAUUAUUACCUCCUCACAGUCAGCUUCCACCUACUCUACUGGUUCUAAAUGCAAAUUCCUCUCCAACCCUAGAACUAGUAAAUCAGAAAUUCUGGGGAUGGAAGACAAAACUCAGGAUAUUAAACCCUCCACAUAAAAACACUGCCUUGCUCCCAUCCCUCCAGUCCUAUUCCCUACACGGCCUUCUCCCUAGCUCACUUUGCCAGGCACACCGAGCUGGGUUCUACAAAUGCACUCAGA